AUGCAGCCAUCUUCGGAUUUUGGCCACUCCGUGGAUGCUUUCUUCGAAGGACAACGUAAGACACUUGGCUUUUACUCAGUGUGGCCGCAGCGGAAACGCCUUGCUCGCAUUCUUCAUCGCAUUAAUUUCUGGCACAUUUUCGGUUUUUGGAUUAUGGGAUUUAAUCUGAGCUUGCUGCUUAAGUUAGUCAUAAAUAUCAACCAGUUGGAUGAGAUGAUUCGUGUCUUUGUCGUGCUGGCCACUUGUAUUGCCUACACCUUCAAGGUGUUGGCCAUCAAGUUGAACAAUAAAGAGAUGCUGGAACUCUUUGGGAGCUGUCACUCGAGACACUUUCUGCCCAUGAACAUCCAUGAACAAACCUUCUUUUCGGAGGCCCGUGGGUUCAGUCGAAAGAUGCGCAACUACUAUGCUGGCAUAUCUUUUACAGCGCUGAAUGCCCUGCUCCUGACCCAGUAUUUGAUCGAUAACACCCAGCUGCCCCUGGCCACCUAUAGUCCUCUGGAUGUGAGCAAGAGAUCCGGAUACUAUGCCAUGUAUUGCUAUCAGUGUGUGGCCUUGUCGCUCAGUUGCUUUGUCAACAUAUCCUUCGAUUCCCUCUGCUCUUCGCUCUUCAUUUUUGUCAAAUGCCAGUUGGACAUGUUGGCUCUGCGCUUGAACAGCAUUGGACGUCAUCAGGAGGAGCUGAAAGAACUGCAACGGGGAGAUCAAAAACAGGAUCAAUUGGUACAGCAGGAACUCAUCAGUUGCAUACUCUAUUACAUGAGGAUUGUUGAGCUGGCUGCCAAAAUGGAGCGCCUACUCUACAAACCCAUAUCUGCGCAAAUAUUUUGCUCAGUACUUGUUCUUAUCGCCAACUUCUAUGCCUUGUCUUUGCUCUCUGAUAACUAUUUGGUGUUUGCUAAGUUCUUAACCUAUCAGUGCUGCAUGCUUUUGCAAAUCUUUAUACUGUGCUACUAUGCCGGCGAGAUUUCGCAGCGCAGUUUGGAGUUGAAACACGAGCUUUACAAGUCCAACUGGGUGGGCUGGAACAAGUCCAAUCGAAAGCUAAUGCUGUUGUUUAUGUUGCGUCUGGAGAAUCCAAUACGGAUUAGGACAAUGAAUGCAAACCGAUUCAUCGAUGUGGCAUUGUUCAGUUCGAUUGUGAACUCAUCAUAUAGUUACUUUGCACUUCUCAAAAAGGUCAACAGCUAG